AUGCCUAAAACAAUGAUAAUCAACAGCCAACAAGCCCCCAAGCACCCCCCCCUCUCAUGCCCCCUCAACACCAACCGCGAAUCCGUCCUCGAAGUCCUCCACAACCACCCCCGUCUAACCAAAUCCCUCUAUCCCAAUACCAACCUACGAACCAUCACCGAAACAAAAGAUACCACCGUCUUCGUCGAAGAACCUCACCGCUCGAAGAUCACCCUCGUAAACGUCCACCACGGCGUCAUGGAAUUCGUCGAACAGAUUCUCGAACAGGGCAUUGAUUCGAUUAUUUUCGGGGUGCUCUGGACCUUGGCGGCUGCGGACUGUGUUAUUCAUGAUAAAGGGAGUCUGAAGGGACGGCCGAUUCAUCUGUGUUUUGAGGGGGAGGUGUCUGAGGGUCAGUGGUGUUUGGAAGAGAGUGUUUGGGUUAGGGGACCUGUGGGGCUGUUUUCUCGCUUUGCAGACGUGUAUGAGCCCAAGACAAAUGAGGUGAUCGCGUUGUUGGAUAAGGUCGCUGCGCAUGAACGGCUUGAUGUUUAAGAAUAGCUACGGUUGCUGGUGGCUC